GGUCUAGACCAAAUCUCGUCCGAGCACUUUGAAGCACUUUGAAGCACUUGGCUUGUCUAUGGCACAAAAGCCCUCUGGCCCUUUUCACGUGCAUCAACAAAGCCAUCCAUCUCACCCUUUCACACAUGCUAGAACGACUUGUCAUGUAAAAUUUAAAACAAGACAUGGAGUGCACCUCAAUCUUACUGAGGCUGGCCAGGUUAUUUCAGGUCUCGACAAAUAUAUGCCAUCGAUCUAUGGUAAAGGGUUCGUUUGAGAGAUGCUGCAGGGUUUCUCGCACGACAAGUCCUGCGCGCUCUGGCGGCUGGUUUAUUUUCCUCGUCUCCGAUGCUCACCCGCCAUGCUAAAAACAGAGUCAC